UAGAAGACGAAAAAUAAUUACCCACAGGACGUGGGCUAAGGUCUAGUUUUUGAAAGACGACUCUAUUUCUGAUGAAAAAUAAUCCCUUUUAACAAAUCACCAUUCCUCUUACGAACCCUAAAUCCUUCAAUUUCUGCCACUGCGCCACUUUGAAACCACCACCGCUAUGGCCGCUCACCAUUUCUGUUCCCCGUCACUGUCGAAGUCAUUUCUUUUGCCAAUUUGAAUCCAUCGUGUCGCUUUCGCUCACCAUUGCCGUUCUCCCUAAUUGUCGUCUUCGCUAUUGUUCACCACUUCGAAGACAUCUCCGUGGCUGUUGUAAUUGAACUGAAGGAGACAAGGAGCCUUUCCUACAUCGCCAGUACUGUUCUGUGAGGAGUGAGGAUUUUCUGAUUAGCUUUUUGUUGCUUGGCGCUGCGUCAUCCCAUUUCCAAUGGUUCAGCAAACAGCAGACUCAAAAUUCAAUGAGUAUGGGCUUAGCAACACCGAAACCAGCUUAUCUAGUUGUGAUAAGCAAUUUCCUGUUGCAGUAAAGAAGACAGCAUUGAGAGAUGUGCAGAAUGAAAAUAGAAUUCCCAAUUCUAUUGGGAAUUCUCCAAUACCCAUGGAUAGAGGACAAACUAUGGAUGCAGUUAAAGUUUCUGGCAUCAAGAGACCCUCGCCUAAAAGCCCAGUGAGCUCUCCACAUCACCAAUCUCCAAGUAGUAAUGCUGCAAAUGCUCAUCUUGUCUAUGUUCGUAGAAAAUCUGAAGCAGAAACCGGCAAGAGUAGUAUUUGCGAUGGCAGAAGCAUUAAUGCUGAUUGCACAAAUUCAAGGCAACUUGACCUUGCAGAGGAGAUCGUGCAACCAAAACCACAUGUAAAGGAGCCAAAGGUUUCUGGUUUUCCGGCAUUUGCACCUAUGCCCGUGGCUUCCUUGACAAAUUCCUCUGGAAAAUCUUCAGUUCCUCUUCCUGUUGGCAGCCCUAACAUGAGGUUCACCCCAGCAGAACCCAACCAUAAUCAUAUUGCUUCUGCUGUUUCUUUGUCAAAAAAUUUUAAUGGAAUGAAAAACCUGCAAUGGGAAGAUCGGUAUCAUCAGUUGCAAAUUCUACUGAAGAAAUUAGAUGAAUCAGAUCAGGAGGAUUAUGUGCAGAUGCUUCGUUCACUUUCCUCAGUUGAGCUUAGCAGGCAUGCGGUUGAAUUGGAGAAGAGGUCCAUUCAACUUUCAUUGGAAGAAGCAAAAGAGGUGCAACGUGUUGGGGUUCUAAAUGUACUGGGGAAGUCCAUGAAGAACGUUAAAGCAUCUGCAGCUUGUCAAAGCCAACUAUAGAAGUUAAGAGUAAUGUAACUGUCAUAAGUUCCUUUGGCUGAUAACGGAAAUAUGCCUCGAGGCACUUGUAUCUUUCUUCCUUUAACCCUAACUGCAGUAUUGGCUUCAGUUUAAAUCCGCACAAGCUGUUGACAGUAUUGAUUUCCAGAUAUAUUGUAAUGAAGUGCUAUAAAUAGUAGUUUUCAUUUCUUUCUUCCUA